AUGGGUUCCGUAGAGGACGAUUCUUCGCGUUUGGAAGAAGCGCUUAUUCAGGAUGAAGAAAGUAAGCUAUACACAGGAGAUGGCUCGGUCGACUUUAAAGGGAGGCCUGUGCUUAAGAAGAAUACUGGCAAUUGGAAAGCUUGCCCAUUUAUCCUAGCUAUCAGUGCUUCCAAUUCGGAGUUCCGUGGUGAUGAUCCGGAGAAGGAUCAGAUCCAUGCGGCAACGCUACUCAGUUUGGGAGGACAUCGGAUUGAUUCCAAUAAGGAUGAUGUUGCGGAGGCGCUUUCGAGGCAGUAUUGGGAAUACAAUGUGCUUGACUAUGAAGAGAAAGUAGUUGAUGGUUUUUAUGACAUAUAUGGCCUCUAUAAUGACCCAGCAAUGCAAGGAAAGAUGCCAUCUCUAGCUGAUCUUGAAACAAACUCAGGUGGUUCUAGCUUUGAAGUAGUCAUAGUUAAUAGAACAAUUGAUCCUGCCCUGGACGAGCUGGUGCAAAUUGCACACUGUAUAGCAUUAGACUGCCCUGUCUCUAAGAUUGGUAUUUUGGUGCAAAGGCUUGCUGAACUUGUUACUAGCCAUAUGGGCGGCCCUGUAAAAGAUGCUAAUAUUAUAUUAACAAAAUGGACAGAAAGAAGUACAGAAUUAAGGACAUCUCUUCACACAAGUGUAUUACCUCUUGGGUCCUUAGAUAUUGGGCUCUCUAGGCAUCGCGCUUUACUUUUCAAGAUAUUAGCAGACAACAUUCAGAUGCCUUGUAGACUGGUUAAAGGUAGUCAUUACACUGGUGUUGAGGAUGAUGUUGUCAACAUUAUAAAAUUAGAUGAUGAAAGGGAUUUUUUAGUUGAUCUCAUGGCUGCUCCUGGAACACUCAUCCCAGCUGAUAUUUUAAAUGCGAAGGAUAAUGCCUUUAAGUCUUACAACCCCAAGAAUGUGCCAGAGUCAGAAGGGAAACCAGACUUGAAUUGUGUUACAACUAGGACUGGGAAGCGAUCUAGGCCAUGUAGUUGGAAGAGGCGUAAAUGCAAAAAGCAGAAGCAAUCAACUGCUGAAGAUGUUGAUCUAAAUAUUCAAUGCAAGUUGCUUCCAAAUAAUACAGAUUGCAUGCUUGCUAAUCAACAGCAUGCAUCAGUAAUCAAUGGGAAGCUUCAUCAAAAAUCUAAUGAUAUAUAUUCAAGGUUUACAGAAACACAUAAGCUAGAAUCCCUGCAUUCUUUACUGGUGCAUGUAGAAAAUACCUCAGAGCAAAGACAGAUCCAGAUGAUUACUGCUUUACUUAUCCAAUUAAUUCAUUGUAGUGCUGACCUUCCUGAUGCUUUAAGACAAGCAUCGAGUAGUAAUUCUGUAUUGGAAAUCCCGGUUGAUGCUAGUUAUCAAGCUAAAUGCCGCGAUGCAGUAACAGAAGCCUGCUCCUAUUUUUGGACCCGUGUACUUCAGCGACUUGCAAGUGUAAAGACUCAGGAUGCUUCUGAAUUGAAAUCCACAAUGGAGAAUCUUGUUACUGAUUUAUUGACCUCUCUAAAUUUACCUGAAUAUCCUGCUUCAGCUUCUAUUCUAGAGGUUCUAUGUGCCAUACUAAUUCAGAAUGCUGGGACAAGUUCCAAGGAUUUUGCUUCACGUUCCAUGGCAAUUGAUAUUCUUGGCACUAUUGCGGCAAGGUUGAAGCAUGAUGCUGUGAUUUGUAGCCAGGAAAAGUUUUGGGUACUUCAAGAUUUACUUAUAGGCUUUUUCAUGCUGAAUGCCUGGACAUUGAAGAAGAUGAAGUUCUCAAUCAGAACUGGUACUGUCACAUGUGCAUCUGCUCAAAGCAACUGGCUGCUGAAGGAAUUAUUUGUAGGACAGAAGCUUGAAGAAUGGGAAACAGAAGAUUAA